CCGGCCAGCACAGGAGGGAGGGUGCCGGGGCAGGCGUCGGGGGCCGCCUUGGACCACCCAACAUAAACACCAUGGCCGCCUCUCAAGCUGUUCUCGGCAAGUCUAAGAUCGCCUUCAAAAAAGUGAAAUGUAAGAACUUUAGACGGAAAAAAGACUCGGACGAAGACGAUGAAACAAGUAACGAAGAAGAUUCACUUCUGGCAAAGCUGGAGGAGAGCAGGGAAUUACGCAAGUAUCGUCGCCGGCAAGGAGGCAUCAGUGCGGAGGGGCUGUUGGUAGGAGAGAAGACUGUGAAGAAGGAAGGUGCUGAUGAUGAUCCAUUUAAGACCAAGUCAGGAGGAAUGCUGGAUUUAAGCCAAGUGAAGAAUGCCAAGAAGACAGAUGAUGCUUAUGACACAGGAAUUGGAACAUCCUUUUCUGCUGAAACUAACAGAAGAGAUGAAGAUGCAGAAAUGCAAAAGUAUAUUGAAGAAAAUCUAGCAAAGCGCAAAGGUAUUCAAUCUGAAGAAAACCCCGAAGAGCAACAGCGAUACCAGACAUUAGAGGAAGCAGCACUGCAUGCCGUUCCUGAUAUUUUACGAGAAUCUACUAGCAAAAGGAGCGAAGAAAUGUUGAGCAAUCAGAUGUUGAGUGGUAUCCCUGAAGUAGACUUGGGUCUCGAAGCCAAAAUUCGCAAUAUUGAAGCCACAGAAGAAGCUAAGCAGAAGUUGCUGCGUGAAAGCAUGAUGAAGAAAGAAAGACCUUCAGAGUUUGUGCCCAAAAAUAUGGCUGUUAACUUUGUGCAGCACAACAGAUUUAACUUGGAGGAAGCUGGACCUGCAAAGAAGAAGGAGAAGAAAGUGCAGAAGAUUGUGGAGCCUGUGGUGGGAGGUGGUGUUAAAAUCUCCACCAUUGCUCCGAAGAGACCUCAUGGAGAGAAAGCAACAGAUGACUUUCAUUAUGAGAAAUUUAAAAAACAAUUUAGAAGGCACUAGGUUGUUGAUGUACUUUUUAUCGAUUUAUAAUUUUAUCUUUAUUUUUAAUAUUUGUAAAAAUAUACAAAAAAAUGCUGAAAAUUGUUUAUUAAGAUGUACUGUAUAAACUAAUUUAGAAUAAAGUUGUCAAAAUAAGUAAUUUUAA